AUGUUUUGUCGCCGGUCAUUAUUGCUCUCAGCAUUGAGCAGCUGUGCCUGUCGGCUUGCCCUCGCUCAGUCGCCCUGCUCUCAAGUGGUUGCUUAUACCGUCCCUGCUGGCUUCCCAACCAGUCUCUUCUCGGCUUACUACGUCCCCCCGUCGCCAACCGAAGAGCCUCAACCAAUCAUUUACGAUGCGGCAUUGAAUUAUACCUAUCCGCUUGAGCUGACCAACCCAAACACAAUUCCUGAAGAGGACGAGGAUCCUAUAUAUUAUCCGGCGCCUCUGUACUCUGUCAACAACGGGUCAGCCAUUGUCGCUGAUGCCAUCAGUCAGGUACAUUCCAUCAUCUCUGGCAGCGGGUCUAAUUGCUCCAAAUGUGUAUCAGCUCUGGAGGUUGGCCAGUACGUAGCCCAGCGCGUGCCUUCCAUGGUCCCGGAUUUGUUGGUCGAGCUUUGUAUCAGCACCGGUUUCCACUCCAACACCAGCUGCAAGGAGAGUUAUGAAGCCACGACUUUCGGUGCAGUCUGGACUCAGAUUCUUGCUCUUGCCGAUGUGUCUGGCUCUGAUGGGAAAUACAUCUGCAACUCCAUUAGCAGUGCAUUUUGCAAGAUGCCAUCGACUCUCCCUUCCAACACAACCAAAUUCUUUGGUCCAAAGCCAGCGAAUGUCACGGUUCCAAACCCGAGCGGGAAACGGGUCAAGGUUUUGCACAUGAGCGACAUGCAUAUUGAUCCUCGAUACUCUGUUGGUUCAGAGGCCAACUGUUCAAGCGGGCUUUGUUGCCGGGCAAAUGCAGGCAGCACUUCUGGAAAAGUUUCACUUCCGGCACCCCUCUACGGAGCUUUCAAGUGUGACAGCCCCUACUUCCUGCUUACUUCGGCUCUGGAGUCCAUCGCACCUUUGACGGGAACUACUCACAAUAAUAAGUCCGACCACGACCAGUUCGCGUGGGGUAUCUACACUGGCGAUCUAGUAUCGCACGAAAGCCAGAAUGAACUUUCCAGAAACUACACCAUGUAUGCUGAAUGGUCGAUUUGUCAUAUGCUCAAGGCAUAUAUCCCCAGUGGACCUAUCUUUGCAGCUUUGGGAAAUCAUGAUAGCAACCCUGAGGCCAUUGAUGCUCCUCACUCAUUGCCUGGCAAUUUAGGACAACAACAAUCUUGGAACUACGACCAUGUCGCCGCGCUUUGGCAACAGAACAACUGGAUCACGGCAGAAGCUGCUAACGAAGCUCGUAUGCAUUACGCAGCUUACAGCAUCAACCACCCCACAUAUCCCAAGUUGAGGAUCAUUACCCUCAAUACCGAUUUCUGGUACAAGGCCAACUUCUUGAACUUUAUCAACACGACCAACCCGGACAAUAGCGGCAAUCUGAAAUUCCUUGCCGAUGAACUCCAAGAUGCCGAGAACAAGAACGAGCGAGUCUGGAUAGUCGGACACGUGUUGACGGGCUGGGAUGGGUCGAACCCUAUGCCAAAUCCUACAGACCUCUUCUACCAGAUCGUCGACCGCUUCUCGCCCCAUGUGAUUGCAGGAAUUUUCUUCGGACACACGCACGAAGACCAAUUCAUGAUCUACUAUGCCAACAAUGGAACUGUCCAGGACAGCGCUCACGCCUUGAACGUCGGCUGGAUCGGACCCAGCGUCACCCCUUUGACCAACCUGAACAGCGGAUACCGCAUGUACGAGGUCGACACGGGCGACUUCUCCAUCUACGAUGCCUACACCUACUAUGCCAACGUCAGCGCCUUUGCGGCCAUCAACGCCAGCGAGACAGGUCCGGUGUGGAAGUUUGAGUACUCGACCCGCGAUACGUACGCGAUCGACUGGCCCGAGACGGCACCUCUGAACGCCACGUACUGGCACAAGGUCACCGAGGCCAUGGCCCAGAACCACACUUUGGUCAGCAUAUUCAACACGUUUGACGGCAAGAUGAGCGUCAAGACGCCCAACUGUACCAACAACGCCUGCGCCGAGGCCAAGAUUUGCUACAUGAGGAGCGGGAGUGUCUCGCUGGGUAAACAGUGUCCUCAGGGGUAA